AUGCAGCCACCUAGAAUUUCCCUCCCAGCUGGCUGCCAGCCAACUUCCAGCCAGUUCCCAGCCAGUUCCCAGCCAACUUCCAGCCACUUCCCAGCCUAUUCCCAUCAAACUUCCAGCCAGUUCCCAGCCAACUCCCAGCCAGUUCCCAGUCAACUUCCAGCCACUUCCCAGCCUAUUCCCAUCAAACUUCCAGCCAGUUCCCAGUCAACUUCCAGCCACUUCCCAGCCUAUUCCCAUCAAACUUCCAGCCAGUUCCCAGCCAACUUCCAGCCAACUUCCAGCCAGUUCCCAGCCAGUUCCCAGCCAGGUCCCAGCCAGUUCCCAGCCAGGUACCAGCCAGUUCCCAGCCAACUCCCAACCAGUUCCCAGCCAACUUCCAGCCAGUUCCCAGACAAUUCACAGCAAACUUCCAGCCAGUUCCCAGCCAACUUCCAGCCAACUUCCAGCCAGUUCCCAGCCAGUUCCCAGCCAGGUCCCAGCCAACUCCCAGCCAGUUCCCAGUCAACUUCCAGCCACUUCCCAGCCUAUUCCCAUCAAACUUCCAGCCAGUUCCCAGCCAACUUCCAGCCAGUUCCCAGCCAGGUCCCAGCCAGUUCCCAGCCAACUUCCAGCCAGUUCCCAGACAAUUCCCAGCCAACUUCCAGCCAGUUCCCUGUCAACUUCCAGCCGCUAGAAUUCUAG